AUGGCAGCCACGGCGAUCCAACAGAUACACACAAACAUCGGGCUCGGGUCUGACGACCAGGACAAACUCCAGACCCAGCUCGGCAGCAUAUCGAAGCCAACAUCUUUGAAGCCUCAUGACGUCAAAACAAUCUUGAAUUACCACAAAGAGAAUGAGGAUGGGUCUCCUCCUCAACCUACUUAUGUCGACAGGCCUGAGACUUUUAACAGAGCAUUCGAAAGCCACUCUGUGACUGUCAGAGACGUCAGUGGGCACCAAAAUGACUACUCUCUCGACAGAAAUGGAUUCCAGUUCCAUGGGCACGUUGCCAAUGAGAAAGACUUCCUUGAUGACGAGCAGAUCAAGCAAGGGUACUACAAGGAGACCGAGCAGCUCCUCAAGGACGUGACCGGAGCAACCCGAGUCUUUAUAUUUGACCACACCAUCCGCCGCCAGCUGCCCUACGGCGGCGGCGACACAGCAUCCCGCAGCCUGAGAGGGCCGGUCCAGCGGGUGCACAUAGACCAAUCUUACUCCGCCUCGCUCUCGAGAGUCCCGCACCACCUCCCGGAUGAGUCCGGCCGGCUGCUCAAGGGCCGGAUGCAGAUCAUCAACGUGUGGCGACCCAUCUCGACUGUGCUCCGAGACCCUCUUGCCGUCGCGGACGCCCAUUCCGUGCCUGACUCCGAUCUCGUCCCCAUUGGUCUGAUAUAUACUAAACCGAGGCCGCGCAGGGGCGAGACGCUCUCGGUGAAGUAUAAUGAGGCGCAUCGGUGGUAUUACAAGAGUGGCUUGACCCCGGAGGAGGUGCUGCUUAUCAAGUGCUUUGAUUCCAAGACGGACGGGCGAGCAAGGCGGGUGCCGCACACGGCAUUUGUGGAUCCGGACACUGACAGGGAGGAUGUUCCUGCUCGGGAGAGCAUUGAGGUCAGGGCGUUGGUGUUCCAUGAGAAUGACACGGCCUGA